AUGUCUAAUCCGAUACCUCAGUUGGUAAACAUAUCGCAUGCAUUACAAUCAGAUACUGUGGAGAAGAUACGUCGUGACAUUAAGGAAUUCCAUGAAGCAUCACAAUUGAAGCCCGAGCAAGUGGAGGCUAUUAACCACUAUAUUUCUUCUUUGAAAUCAACGUUUGGACGGUUCACCGAGGAUAACGAACAUGUGGAAAGACAAGAUGCAGGCGUUACUUCUGCCGACACUCAGCUAUAUUCAGGAUUGAAAUCGAUGUACAUGGAUUAUUUAAAUCAAUUAGGGUCCAUCAAGAGGGAAAAAGUACUGGGUGAUGAAGAAGUGAGUAAAGAUAAACCAGUAGAUUAUAUAUCUGAAGAACUACCGUAUCUACAACCCACAGAAAGAAAAGAAUACAUUGAAGGAUUAAUGCUGAAUGAUUCCACCAGCAAAAAUAUGGGUAAAUCUCAGGGAUUUUUAGACGGGAUGAUCAAUUUAUGUGUGUUAGAUUCCACCGUGACAGAAAAUCUACGAUGUUACGUUACUUUGCUGCGAAAAGUUGGAUACACAAAGGAAGAAUUGAAAAAUCUAUUGCCCAAGGGUUUAGCUCUAAUGCCAUCAUUAACACCUAAUAAUGCUGAAGAAAAGGCAAAGGAGGCCAGUGCUUCGAAGAAAGUUCCAAGCAGUAUGGAGAGUGCACCAUCAUUCAGUGGAGUUACCACUCAUCCUGAUUCUACAGGAUCUUCAACUGGUACCAACACUACUGGGGGUGGUGAUGAUGAACCUAAGAAAAAGAUUUCAUUUUCUAGAUAUUUGAAGAAAGGUGACGGUAAUGAAAACGGCAAAAGGAAGGCUUCCCUAAUGGAGGAAGACCUGCGUCCUGUAAAAAAAGCAAGAGCAAACGGUGGUAGUGAAUUACGAUCUAUCUUGAGGACAACUGGUAGCAGUAGUAGUAGCAGUAAAAAAUCAGGUAAUAAUAUUAAGUUUGUCGACGAUUCUUACCUAGUUACGGUUUUCGGUGAUGGUUUACCUAAUGAUGGUUUGCAGUUAUCGCCAGAAAGAUUAAAGAAAGUGCUGAAACCUUUCAAAGAAGGUGAGCCAAGGGAAAUUGUACAUGUGGUAGAAUUUAAAGAUAAGGCAGCUGAACUAGACAUCGAAUUUGAUUUAUCGCCUGAAGAAUCAGAUAUUACAGAGACUAAGGGCGGUCCAAUACCUUGUGAAACGACAGCUCCAUUAAAACAUAGGCUAAAUUUUGCAAAUUUUAGUCCAGAUUUGGGUAAUAAACCAAUUAGAGAAGCUGUAGUGGUAGAAGAUUCGACUGUUAAGGGGAAGGGCCCACUGAUAGCGAAAGCGUUUGGUAAGAAUAGCUUACUAUUGAGAAAGGAUAGAGGCGGAUUGCCCUACAAACGAAUUCCAGAUGUGACACCUAAUGAUUAUCCACCUAGACCAUGA